CCCCCUCCCCGAGACAUCCCGGGGCCGCGCGAAGAUGGCGGCUGCUGGCGCGAGCCGGUGAGACUCUGUCCGGCUAGGACCAAACUAGGGGAUAUGGGCGUCGGCCGCAGCGGCGCCGCCCCCGCGUCUCGCUGAGGGUCGGAAGAGAACCGAGGGCCCGGCGCCCAGAUCGGGCGAUGGAGGCGAGCGGCGGCGAACUGGGCGCUCUGGAGACCAUGGACACUCUCACGGAGCUGGGAGACGAGCUCACCCUGGGGGACAUCGAUGAGAUGCUGCAGUUUGUCAGCAGCCAAGUGGGAGACUUUCCAGACCUCUUCUCUGAUCAGCUUUGUAGCAGCGCUUUCCCCGGAGGCGGCGGGGGCAACACCGGCUCCAGCGCCAGCGCUAACACCAGCACCGGGGGCCCUUUGGAGAGCCCCUCAUCGAGGCCCUACAGCCAGCCGCCAGUGCCAGCGGCGACCACAGCAACGGCGACAGCAGUGACAGCAGCAUCGCCGGCAGGAGCGGCAACAUCCUUCCCUCAGACUUCCCCUGUGCCGAUUAAGGCCCCCCCCGCCCCGGUGUCCACCCCUCCUCGGCCCGCGCCCCUGCUUCAGCCCCGCCUGCAGCCCCAGCCCCAGCCCCAGCUGCAGCAACAGACUGUGAUGAUCACCCCGACCUUCAGCACAGCCCCCCAGACCAGGAUCAUCCAGCAGCCCCUCCUGUACCAGAACUCGGCCACCAGCUUCCAAGUUCUCCAGCCCCAAGUGCCGAGCCUGGUGACAUCUCCCCAGGUGCAGCCGGUCACCAUUCAGCAGCAGGUGCAGACGGUGCAGGCCCAGAGGGUGCUGACCCAGGCCGCCAAUGGCACCAUCCAGACCCUGGCGCCGGCCACUGUGCAGACGGUCGCUGCUCCUCAAGUUCAGCAGGUCCCGGUCCUGGUGCAGCCGCAGAUCAUUAAGACAGACUCGCUCGUCUUGACCACACUGAAAACCGACGGCAGCCCCGUCAUGGCUGCCGUGCAGAACCCCGCCCUCACGGCGCUCACCACGCCCAUCCAGACCACCGCCCUCCAAGUCCCCACCCUGGUCAGUGGCGGCAGUGGGACCAUCCUCACCACCAUGCCCGUGAUGGUGGGGCAGGAAAAGAUGCCCAUCAAACAGGUCCCGGGGUCCGUCAAGCAGCCAGAGCCGCCCAAGGAAGGGGAGCGACGGACCACCCACAACAUCAUCGAGAAGCGCUACCGGUCAUCCAUCAACGACAAAAUCAUCGAGCUUAAGGACUUGGUCAUGGGGACAGAUGCCAAGAUGCACAAGUCCGGGGUGCUGAGGAAGGCCAUCGAUUACAUUAAGUACCUGCAGCAGGCCAAUCACAAGCUGCGGCAGGAGAACAUGGUGCUGAAGUUGGCCAAUCAGAAGACCAAGCUUCUGAAGGGCAUCGAUCUGGGCAGUCUGGUGGACACCGAUAUGGACAUGAAGAUGGAUGACUUCAACCAGAACGUUCUGUUGAUGUCUCCUCCAGCCUCCGAAUCGGGGUCCCAAGCGGGUUUCUCCCCGUACUCCAUCGAUUCAGAGCCAGGGAGCCCUUUGUUAGAUGACGCCAAGGUCAAAGACGAGCCCGAUUCUCCUCCCGUGGCGCUGGGCAUGGUGGACCGCUCUCGGAUCCUGCUGUGCGUGCUCACCUGUCUGUGUCUCUCCUUCAACCCCCUGACAUCGCUGCUGGAACGGGGAGGGGCCCACGGCUCGGGCCAGCCGGCGCCCGCGGGCCGGAGCAUCCUGUCCUUUGAUUCAGGGGCUGGCGGCUGGAUUGACUGGAUGUUCCCGACUCUCCUUCUGUGGCUCCUAAAUGGCACGAUCGUCCUGAGCGUUUUCAUCAAGCUGCUGGUGCACGGGGAGCCCGUGAUCCGGAUGCACUCGCGGACCUCGGUCACGUUUUGGCGCCAUCGCAAGCAGGCCGACCUGGACCUGGCCAGGGGGGACUUUGCCGCGGCGGCCUCGAACCUUCAGACGUGCCUGUCCGUCCUGGGCCGCGCGCUGCCCACCUCCCACCUGGACCUGGCUUGCAGCCUCUCCUGGAACGUGAUCCGGUACAGCCUGCAGAAGCUGAGGCUGGUGCGCUGGCUGAUGAAGAAGGUGGCGCAGCGCCGGCGCCGGGCGGCCGUGGCCGGCGGCGGCUUUGAAGACGAGGCGAAGACCAGCGCUCGCGACGCGGCCUUGGCCUACCACAAGCUUCAUCAGCUGCACAUCACAGGGAAGCUCCCAGCUGGCUCUGCCUGCUCCGAUCUGCACAUGGCUCUGUGUGCCGUCAAUCUGGCUGAAUGUGCCGAGGAGGAGAUCCCCCCGAGCACCCAGGCCGAAAUCCACCUCACAGCGGCUGUGGGGCUCAAGACUCGCUGUGGAGGCAAACUGGGCUUCUUGGCUAGCUACUUCCUGAGCCGAGCCCAAAGCUUGUGUGGCCCCGAGCGCAACGCCGUCCCCGACUCCCUGCGCUGGCUGUGUCACCCCCUGGGCCAGAAGUUUUUUGUGGAACGGAGCUGGUCGGUGAAGUCGGCCACCAAGGAGAGCCUGUACUGCACCCCGAGGAACCCAGCGGACCCCAUCGCGCAGGUGCACCAGGCCUUCUGCAAGCACCUGCUCGAGCGAGCCGUGGACGCCCUGGUGAAGCCCCAGGCCGAGAAGGGGCGAGCCGAGCCGGACGAGGAGACGUGUGAGCUGUCCAGCGCGCUGGAGUACCUCAAGUUGCUGAAUUCUUUUGUGGAUUCCGUGGGGGUCGCGACCCCCCCUUUCACAAACAGCUCGGUGUUGAAGUCAGCUCUGGGCCCGGACGUCAUCUGUCGGUGGUGGGCCUCCGCCGUCGGGAUGGCCAUCGGCUGGCUCCAAGGCGAUGACGCGGCCGUGCGGUCACAGUUCACCGAGGUGGAGCGGAUCCCCAAGCCCCUGGAGAUGGCCGAGAGCCCCCUCGUGAAGGCCGUCUUCCACACCUGCCGGGCCAUGCACGCCUCCCUCCCGGGGAAGGCCGAGAUCCAGCAGAGCUCCUUUGGUCACUGCGAGAGGGCCAGCGGGCACCUCUGGGGCAGCCUGAACGUCAGUGGCGCGGCCUCCGACGCGGGGCUCACCCACGUGGUCCAGCUGCUCACCUGCGACCUGCUGCUGUCCCUGCGCACUGCCCUGUGGCAGAAGCAGGCGGGCUCCAGCCCCGCGCUGGGGGAGACCUGCCACGCCUCGGCCCCCGAGCUGGCGGGCUUCCAGAGGGACCUGGGCAGCCUGCGCAGGCUGGCGCACAGCUUCCGGCCGGCCUAUCGGAAGGUGUUCCUGCACGAGGCCACGGUGCGCCUGAUGGCGGGGGCCAGCCCCACGCGCACCCACCAGCUGCUGGAGCACAGCCUGCGGCGCCGCUCGGCCCAGAGCAGCAAGCACGGAGAGCUGGAGACCCUGCCCGGGCAGAGGGAGCGGGCCACCGCCAUCCUGCUGGCCUGCCGCCACCUGCCGCUGUCCUUCCUCUCGUCCCCCGGGCAGCGCGCCGUGCUGCUGGCCGAAGCCGCCCGCACCCUGGAGAAGGUGGGGGACAAGCGCUCCUGCAGCGACUGCCAGCAGAUGAUCGUCAAACUGAGCGGGGGCACGGCCAUCGCGGCCUCCUAAGCGGAGCGGCCGCCGAUCCCCGGGAACCUCUGCCCGGCCCCCUCAGGCUCCCCGGACUCCGCGUGGGAAACGCUGAAAGCUCCCCUCCCGGGCUGGGGCCGCGGCGCCGUUUGUUCCGCCUUUGGGCCUGCUGAGCCGUUGGGGGAGCCCCCUCCUCGCUCCCCGUCCCCUCUCCUGUUGCUGAUGUAGCCGUUAGUUGUCUUUCCGUAGCGGUAGCCGAGGGCGUGAGGGCCCAGCCCAGAGCCCAGCUCCGGGGUCCAGGGCUAGAGCUUGGCGAAGGGGAGGCAGUCCUCAGGGCGAACAUGUAAUAAAAUCAUCGUUUUUUAAUUUUCUAAGAAAAACAAACCAUGGUAUCCUCCUUAAUUGUCCCUCCCCGCCUUUCCUCCCCCCCUCCCCCCGGGCUCUCCCCAGGGGGCCCGGGCACUUGAGCCAAGCAGGAAAUGCCGAGGGCCGGGGAGCCUCGGUGGGAGCCCCUGGACAAUGGGGGGCUCCUCUCCACUCUGGUCUUCGUUCUGUCCUCUGCCCAGAUUCUUCAGCCCAGAAACGUGCUUUAAAGGGAAAUGUCUGUGGCUGGGCCCCCUCUGCCCGGCCCCAUUUCUUGGCCCUAGAAUGGGCCCCUCCGCCCCCUCCCCCUACAAGGGGGGCUCUCCUGCUCUCAGGACACAGAGGCCGUUUUCUUCCCCGGGGCCAGGACAGCUUCCCUUCUGCCUCUCGCGCAGCUCCAGGGGGCCCAAGGUGUGCGGACCCUCCUCAGUACUGGUCAGGGGACCCUGCAGCACGUGUCCAACAGGGCCCGGCUGUCUCCACCCACAAUCGGGAGCCCUCGGGGCCAGCUUUGCCCGGACCGGCCUGGUCUGGCGCUUCCCUGGCUCGGCCUCCUGGGCACUGGCAGCUGCCCGAAGCUUUGACCUCACCAUGGAUGGAGCAGCCCCCUUGGAGCUCUGGACACCAGGGGUCGGUCAGCAGCCACUUCCUGGAGUCUGCUCCAUCUCCAGCAGCGAGGAGCCCACCUGCCGGGCCGGGGAGAGCCAUGGGGGCGGCCCCUCGGCCUUCCUUGCCUUGGGCACUGGCGGAGGGGGCAGGAACGGCUGAGAGGGGAUGUGGCCUGGCCCCGCCCGCCCGAUGCCCUUGCUGAGGGCUUCCCAUCUCGGCGCCCCCUCUCAUCCCCCCCCAGUGACCACGGGCAGGGUCUGGGGCCUGUUUUAUAUUCCGUGUUAUUUAUGGGUCUAGCGCCAGUCCCCCCCUUGUUUAUUCUACGUGUGUACAUAUGUGCCUUGUUGUGGGGGGUGUGGGUGGGGGGAGGUUUGUGUGUUUGAUGGGGGGGGACUAUUCCUCCCCCGGAAGGCUGGGGGCUCAGCCCCCCAGAGGGACCUUUUUAUGUUCAAUCAUGCACCCUGUGCGGGAAAAAUGGGCUAGUCAAUAAACACAGCUUGGUCUCGCCGGCCCA